UGUCAUGAGUUUAAUAUAGUCACUGGCUUUAAAGGUUAUAAGAUAGGAGAUAUACAGGCAAUCACCCACUGAGUGGAACUCAACAUUCAGCACAAUGAAAGUCAUCCCACUUUUUGCACUGUUAGGUCUCAGCUUCUAUCAGGCUAGUGGCAAACCAAAGGGUUUAACAACUCCAGUUUCCAAUGCUGAUGACAGUUGUCUUCCAAAUACACUGAAGGUAAUGGAAUCUUUUAUGUCCACUGUUGCCAAAUAUCUUAAUGAAAACUAUGAUUUAAAGAAAGAUAAGAAACAAAAAAUGUUUCAAGAUGCAGCAAAAGGACUAAUUUUGGGAAUGAAAAGGAGUUUGCAAUUGUAUAAAAAAGGUACAACUGGCACUGGUGAAAGUUCUGAAAGCAUUGAGAAAAGGAGUUUUUCGGCUUAUAAAAAAGGUAAAACUGGCACUGAUGAAAGUGCUGAAAGCAUUGUGAGGAGUUUCCUACUUUCUGGAGAUAGUCCACGUGAUCUUUGCGCAAUGGUAGAAAACCUAAUCACACCAUUGUGCCUGAACGGUGCCCAUGGGAAACUUCCUCAAGAUGUAGUAACUGAUUUGGGGGACCUUCACACUAUGUUAAACAACACAAAGAAAACUGAGGCGGCUUCUAAAGUCACACAUGUCCUGAGAAAAAUUAAAUGUACUGAUACUGUUGACCUGGACAUUAUAAAAAUACUGACAAAUGUACUGGGAUCACUUGGUAACGUAAUUAGUCCUUUUGUAGAAGAAGUUGUUAACAUUGUUAAGGUCAGAGAUGAAGAUUGCAACAUAAUAAAUAGCUUACUAGUGGUCCACAUUGGUUAGGCUGGAAACCAUUUAUGACUAUAACAUCCAUAUAGUGCAUUUUGGACUUCAAAUAAAGAAAAUAGGACAACAUGCAUGAAAAAUUACAAA